AUGGUGGGGGCGGUGGCCGCGGCGUUCCUGGCUGGGAGCCCAGAGGAGUCUUUUGUAAUCACAACAUGAUCUCGUGUGCUGAGCGGCGAAGCCGGCAGGGAGAGGCCGGCGGAGGGAGGCCCGGCUCCGGUGGCUCCGGCUUCCCUCCCGCUCUAGCUCCCCCCAGGACUGCUCUGGAAUUCUCUCCGUGCCCGCCGUUGCCAUGCACUCAGCUGGGCCUCCCGGGGCUGAGUCCCCGAUGAGCAGGCAGGAGGAGAAGGAUGCAGAGCUGGACCGGAGGAUAGUCGCCCUUCGCAAGAAGAACCAGGCCCUAUUGCGCAGGUACCAGGAGAUCCAGGAAGACCGGCGGCAGGCAGAGCAGGGGGGCAUGGCUGUGACCACGCCGGAGCUCCUUCGUCCUCAUGGCCUCACUGUCACCAUCAGCCAGGGACAUACCUACCAGAUCCCAACCUCAUGCAGCCCAGGCCCACUGCUGGCCCCCACCCCAGAGAGCCACAGCUGGAAGGGGAAGCGGGUGGUCAGCCGGAACUGGGCAAGGAGCGCCCUUGGACCUGGAGCAGCCAGUGAGAUUCUUGAGGAUGAGCAGGCAGAGGCCCACACUGGCACCUUCUGCUUGGGGGAGCGGGUGGAUCUGGCUGUGACCAUGGAAAACAAAGCCGAGGCCAAGCGUAUCGUAAGUGAGAAGCCCACCAGAGCACGGAACCAGGGAGCAGAAGGGUCACCUGGAGGGGGCUUGGGCCGGAGCCCCUCCAUGCCAACGGCCAUCAGCUCAGAUUCUGCACGGAAGGGUGUCCGGGAGCCCCGGAGUCCAGCCCUGGUCCCAGGCCCAGCUCCCUGCCGGGCACCGGGGCGCCCCCUGGAGGUGGGCUGGGACUAUGCCCAGUGGAAGCAGGAGCGGGAGCAGAUCGACCAGGCCCGCCUGGCACGGCACAGAGACUCACAGGGUGACUGGCGCCGCCCGUGGGACCUGGACAAGGCCAAGCCCACGCGACAGGGCUCCAGCAAGCCUCGGGAAGAGGGCCCGGCCAGGGUGGGCAGCACGAGGGGUCCCAGGAGCCAGCGAAAGCUACAGCCCCCACCACUGUCCCCUGAUGGCAAAGGCAGUGCUACUCGGGGUGGGCAACAGGGCAGACCCGUGGUGGCGCUGGCCACACGCAGCAAGGCUCGAGGGACAGAGAGGCUGACUGGCAGGGCCCGCAGGUGGGAAAUGAAGGAAAACAGGGAGGAGCCGGAGAGCCAGGAGGGAAGCCAAAGUACCAGAAAGACUCGGAAUGAGAAGGAACAUGAGCAGACUCAGAGCAGGAUGGAGCCGGGCGGACCCACCAGUGCCCUGGGAACCACCCCCACCCCAGCAUCGGCAUCACUAGAGGGGCUGAAAGAGGAGUCGGGAGAUUUGGCAGCCAGUCCAGCCAGUCCAGCCAGUCCGGGCUCUCCACCAAACUCAGACUUGGUUCCCCUCGAUCUCUCUCUAGGAGGCGCCAGUAGCUCUGGGCCUCAGGAGAGCACCUGUGUGCUCAGUUCAAAGCCUGGGGACCAGGAGAGCCCUGUGUCCCGGCUGGAGGGCCAUGAGCAGCCCCUGGGGUCAACCGAGCCCCAGGCCGAGCCAGAAGCCCAGACUUGUUCCGGGCCCCCCAAAGAGGCAGGGGCCCUGGAGCCCAGAGAAGACAGGCCUGGCAAGGCUGGGACCCAGCUGGGCCUGACACCUCGGAGCAGGGCCCCUAGAGGAGGCAGCCAAAGGGUGAGGGGUGCGGGAGGUGUGAGGAGCAGGACAGGGGGUCCUGGCCCUGCAGGAAGAUGCUGAGCAAAGCUCUUGGGAGCAGGGGGCCAGGCUGGGGACAGGAGGAGAGACACUGUCCAGAGUCUUUGCACCAUGGGUGUGUGGUGGCUGGUGGCUGUGGCAGCCUGGCUGAGCAGUUUGGCAAACUCUCCAGGGGAGUGAGACUGUGAAGGCCAGGACCCAGCCCCUGCCCUCAUAGGCGCCCCCUGUGCACACGUGUGCUCUCGCCCGCAGGUACGGCCCCUGGUGCAUGCCCGCGCCACGCCUGGUCUGUGAGACUGGUGAGCUCUGUCCCAAGCCUACUGCUGCCCAGGCCACAGGCUCCCUGCCAUGAUGAGAGGACAAGGCUUGGAAGCACUCAGCAGCUGGCUCACCUAGCUCCCGUCACCCCCCGGGGCCUGGCCACCCUCUCCAGCUACCAGCUCCUGGCUCGUUAGGUACUGCCAGCUCAUCAGCUGCUGCCAGCCUCAGCAGCUGGCAUGGCUAGCCCAGGCUUGGGGCCCUUUCCUACACUUUCCCCAGCCUUGUACCCAUGUGACACUCAGUCCCAGAAUCACUGGAUGACCCGCGGGGGAUCCUUUCGGGAAGAGGAGGCUGAGGCCCAGAGGAAGGGAGGCCACAGACGGCAGGGACGGAGCUGGGGACAGAAGAGCAGAGCUCUGGUCUCCUCUGUGAAAGGAAGGAUCUCUGAAGCGGGGUGGGGUGAAGAGGGGACAGACAGCUGCCUCUCCCCACCGCAGGGUGGGGGAGCUCAUCUUCGGGGACCUCCUCCCCCAUCCCCGGGUCAGACCUGAGUGCAUCCUGAGUGGGGGAAGGGGAGCCUGCCACCUGGGGUCGUUUCUUGCCAUCUUCCCACCGCGUCCCUGCAGUGUGUCAUGUCAGAGGAGGUCUCAGGCAGGGACUCGAGGCAGAGAAACAGCAACUCCAGCUAAGUACGACAUCAGGACUCGUCUUUCCUACUUAGUCUCUGUUCCCCCCACCACUGAGGCCCACGUCUGGUGAAUUAUCCAGACUCCGCACAAGCUGUGGCUUCCUCUCAAUUCAACAAACAUUUCCUGAGCACCCACUACCAGCAAUGCAGCCGGUGGGCGAUGGUGACUUUGCCAGCAAGAGGGAGGGAAGAAGCCUCGUCAUCCAGCAGAUCCAGGCUGCACGGCAGGAGCUGUUCUUGGCUGUAGGUGCCCGACAGGGGCUGAAGAUGGUGGUAGGAGCCCAGAGGGAACCAUCCCACCGCUGUGUGCAAAGGUGGGCGUGCCUCUCUUUCUCAUCAGGGGUCCCCUUUGCCCCCAAACCCCUGCUUGGAUCUCCCCACAUAGCCCGGCCGUGGCUGUUCCUCUCUGCUGAGGGUGCCAGGCUUCACUGGCUUCUCUGGGUUCUCUCGGGAGUGUCCAGAUCAUCCCCAGCAUUUCUCUCCACUGUCAAAGGGAGGUCUGAAUUGUGGCUCAACUGUGAGGCCAGGCUUCCUCACUGGCCCUUGCUCCACGAACCACCCCCUCUAUUGAGGAGGAGGGUGGAGGGGAUGACUUUUCAGCAGAUCAGACUGUUUUGAGCAGUGCUUCUUACACAUUAAGGUAUAGAUGAAUGCAGACUCUAACUCUGGGCUGGGCCUGGGAACCUGCAUUUCUCAUAGGCUCCAGGUGCUGCCUUUACUGCGGAUUCCUGGACCACACUUUGAGAGGAAGGAUUUGGAUUAGAAUAUACGGAGGGCUGAGGACAGAGACAGACUAGACUCUAAAGGGCUGGCUGCUGGCUCUACAUGGGGUGGUGGCAGGCUGCCCCCACCAGGUAGGAGCUUCCUGGUCUCAGAGUAGGGUGGGAAGCUGAGGCUUUGGGCUAGAGGCUUGAGAGCUGUGGUGCCAACUUCCUGUAGUGGGGAGUGAGAAAGUUGAUUGGGAGUGGGGUGAGGUGGAGGUGGUUGGAAGAGGUGGGGAUUGAUCAGAGGAAUUCUGGAAAGGUUUGGGAACAUUCUGUGCAUGUAGGGAGAAGACCCCUGUGAGAUAUGAAAAGGCAAGGGUGAAAGAUUUCAAGCUUAAGUUUUCCUCUUGCCAUCCGGUCACACGUUUGUGACUUCAGAGCAUGAAACUGGCUCUGGAACCCAUGACUCCCAAGGAUGGAGCUGGAGUAGAGCAGAUUCAAGCAGAGCCCUUGAAUUCAGAUGUCUCCCAAAUUGUGAACCAGAAUUUGGAUUCUAAGAAGUACAAACUUCCCCCAAUCACCAAUGCUGCCAACUAUACAGAUGUGCCUUCAUUAAAGGGUAUGUGCCUAGUCAUGUUUGACUGUGGGUUGGAGAUGUAGUUAGGGCAGAGAUCUGCUUGAGGCCUCAUGACAAGACCUAAGUGGGAGAGGAAGCUGGUCUAAAGGGCUAUGGAAAAAUGGGCUUCUCUCUCUUUUGGGUAUUAGGAGGAAGGGAUGUCAUGGGAGUGAGUCACUAUCAGUUGGAGAGAAUGGAGUCUGGCAUAGGACAUCUUCAUUAUAGGAAGAACUGUAGCACAAGGCAAGUAUCAUUGAGCUUUACUUAGAAAAGGGGAGCCCUUCUUCAGGAGCAAUGAGCUAGCACUUCUGGUGGCCACAAACCCUGCUCCAGGAUGAAACCAGCUAAGGGGCAGGAGGGAAGGGUAGACAUCCCUCCACAAAGCUCGGGGCCAUGGAAGGCUGCUCUGUUUCUUCCUGGAUCCUUUGGUUAAAGGCCUGGCUGGGAGCCGCCUUCUUGGAUGUCCUUCUCCUCUCCAACCAACAGACAAGACUGCUCCUCAAAGGUGGGAAGUUCUUCAUGGGACAUGGAAUCAGGAGCCCAGGCACAGAGCUGGGGGAAUUGACAAGGGAGAGUGCAGAGGGCAGUAGAGGGCCAGCGGGGACAUGACAGCUUUACCCAAGGCCUCAAAACAAGGAAGGCAGAAGAGGUGGAAAGCAUCUCUGUCCUGGCGCUGAUCACCUUACAGAGGGGAGUGGCAGACCACGCUGUGAGGGAGGUAUUUGGGGGAUGAUAGGCAGCAUGGUAGAGUGGAACAAACACAGGCCUUGGAAUCCAAGAGACUGAAUCUGAAUUCUAUGUCUGUCACCUGCUAGCUGGAUGGCUCUGGUCAAUUUUAAUGUCUAAAAGCUUCAGUUUUCUUGUUUGCAAAAUGGAGUUAGUAAUACCUAUGUUGAAGGAUUGUUAAGAAAAUUAAAGAUGAAAAUAUGCAAAAUACCCCGGGCACAUAGUAGGCACUCUGUUAACAGUAGCCUGGCACGAAGAAGACACUCAGGAAAUGUUUGUUGAAUAAAAGAAGCAGUGAUUUGUUGUGA